ACAAUCCCUCCGCCAUCCCCAGAAACCGUGUCUGUGCUACCUAAUCGUCGGUUCUGGACCACGUUGUUUUCCCACCAGCUUCUCGCAACCCCACGGUUACUCCAUCUGUCGUUUCCUCGGCAUUUCGCCCUCCUCCCCCCCCACCCGUCAGCUGCGGAGACAUACAUCCCUUUGCGCUACUACCGACCUGCUCCGGUCUCCCCCCAUCCUCGCCUACCGCGCAGCUCCCCCAUCUCUCUUUCUCGAAGGUGCCCUCUCAAUUGACUGGAGGGCGUGUCGGUGUGGUCGAAACGGCUCCGGGAACAGUGGAGGAUGAAAGGGACCCGCGACCGAUGGGUGUAAUACGGAAGAAGACCGCCUCGCGCGGCACUGAAGCGGGCACCAAAUAUCACUGCGAUAUCUGCUCGGUGGAUGUGACUUCGACGGUCCGCGUUUCCUGCGCCCAUCCCGCCUGUCAUGAAUAUGACCUCUGCGUCCCCUGCUUCGCGGCCGGCGAGAAGUCCAAGAACCACGACCCCUCCACGCACCCGUACCAGGUGAUCGAGCAGAACUCGGUGCCGAUCUUCGAGGAAGACUGGGGCGCCGACGAGGAGCUCCUGCUGCUGGAGGGCGCCGAGAUCUACGGGCUGGGGUCGUGGGCCGACAUUGCCGACCACAUCGGCGGCUACCGCACGAAGGAGGAGGUCCGCGACCACUACAUCAGCGCGUAUGUCGAUAGUCCGAACUUCCCGCUGCCGGAACGUGCCGACCCGGAUGACAAGCGGCUCUCGGAGUCCAUCUCCAAGGAGGAGUUCCAGGCGCGGAAGAAGCGGCGCAUCGAGGAGCGUAAGGAAGCGGCCAAGGCAGCCCCGCCGACAACUCCGAAACAGAAACCCACAGCCAGUGUACCGGCCUGUCACGAGGUGCAGGGGUACAUGCCGGGUCGGUUGGAGUUCGAGACGGAGUUCCUGAACGAGGCGGAAGAAGCCGUGCAGCACAUGACGUUCGAGCCCGGGGCGGGCGAGACGGCGAACGGCGAACUGGAUGCGGAGAUGGAGCUGAAGAUGACGGUGGUGGAUAUCUACAACUCGCGGCUGACGGCGCGCACGGAGCGCAAGAAGGUCCUCUUCGAGCACAACCUCCUCGAGUACCGGAAGAACACGGCGCUGGAGAAGAAGCGCACGAAGGAGGAGCGCGACCUCCUGAACAAGGCGAAGCCUUUCGCGCGAAUGAUGAACCACGACGACUUCGAAGAGUUCAACAAGGGCCUGGAGUACGAACACAAUCUCCGACUGGCGAUCACACAACUACAGGAGUGGCGGCAGAUGGGGAUCGGGGACCUUAAGGGCGGCGAGAAGUACGAGCAAGAGAAGCAACAGCGUUCCCAGCGCAUGGCGCCGCAAGGCUCGUUUGACCGGUUCGCCAGCACACGACCCACCAAGCAGGCGCCGCAACCAGAACAGCCGUCCGCUGCCAGCCAGCUGACAACGCCCGAGCUGCCUCUUCGGCUGCAGAAGACGUCCGGCACCCCCAAGGCGCCAGAGCUUCCCAACCCGCCGCCGCUGAACGACUUCGAUCGGAUGUUUGCCGCCAGCAACGGCGACGCCCCCACGCCCACGCCAGCGAAGACGAAGUUCGUGGUGCAGCCGCUCAACGGGGUGACCCCGUGGAAGCUAGAGAACGAGGGGGCGCCAGACCUGCACCUGCUGACGAAGGAAGAGGUGGAGGUGUGCAACGUGCUGCACAUGCAGCCGAAGCCGUACCUGGUGGUGAAGGAGACGAUGUUGAAGGAGGCGAUGAAGCAGGGGGGCAGUCUCAAGAAGAAGGAUGCGCGAAGCAUCAGCAAGAUCGAAAAUACCAAGUCGAGUCGAAUCUACGAUUUCAUGGUGCACAGCGGGUGGAUCAACAAGGGGUAGGAAGGAGCCUACGAGGGCACGGCCGUUGGAUUGUAUGAGCCGAUACCAGGUAAUUCUGUCAGUAGUAUUAGUAUGGAGUAUGGCGUUGGUAGUGACUAGAUGCUUGCUAGCUUGCAUGGGUGGAUUACACUACAAUUUAGAAGGACAUGAUUUAUUUUUUUUUUA